AUGGCGCCCGACGACGAGGACGCCGGGAAAGACUUUCCCGUCGUCUGCGAGGACUGCCUGGGACCGAACCCGUACGUGCGGAUGAUGAAGAUCCCGAGAGGGAGCGAGUGCGCGAUCAGUGGUCGGCCGUUCGACGUCUAUCGCUGGCGCCCGGGGAGCGAUGCGCGGUAUAAGAAGACGGUGGUGUGUAAAGAGAUCGCGCUGGCGAAGAACGUGUGCCAGGUGUGCCUGUUGGACCUGGAUUACGGGAUUCCGGUGGCGGCGCGGGACGCGGCGCUGGGACGCGCGGGCGGGAACGCGUUGCCGUCGAGCUCGGUGAACAGGGACUUCGCGGUGAACGCGAUCGCGAAAAAGUUAGACGAGGGAGAGGAUGCGUACGAACACGGGGAAAAGGAGCGGAACAACGAGCUGUUGAUGCGGUUGGCGAGGAAGAAGCCGUAUUAUAACAAGAAUAAGUCGCCGAUUUGUACGUUUUGGCUGAGAAACGCGUGCACGAGGAACGACUGUCCGUAUCGCCCGUGUAACGGGGACACAAACAUGCCCGAGCUCAGUGCGGCGCCGGAAUUGAGGAAGCAGAACAUCAAGGAUAGAUACUUCGGGACGAACGAUCCGGUGGCGGAUCAAAUGUUAAAGCGGGCCAAGGAGAAGAUGGAGAACAGAAAGCUUACUCCGCCCGAGGACACGAGCAUCACCACACUCUUCAUCGGAAACGUCGAUCCAGAAAGAGUUAACGAGGACGAUAUCCGUGGACGGUUUUAUCGCUACGGCGACAUUAAGAGCAUUCGCGUGAUCGGGAACAAAAAGUGUGCGUUCAUCACAUUUACGUCGCGCGCCGGAGCGGAGAAAGCGGCGGAAGACGCAGCGUUCAAUUUGGAGAUCAACGGCGUGCAGUGUCGAUUGCAAUGGGGUAAAGUCAUGGAGAAGAAGUCGACGGGCGAUAAGGGUCCUACUCCUUCGCCGGCACCGACUGUGAUGAUGAUGGCGCCGGGCGUCGCUCCGCCAGCGGAUGGAACCAACCCCGCUGACUUGCCCUCUCACAUGGCCAUCCCGAUGCCGGCGCCAUCCGCCGUCGGCGCGAAGGUCGCGUAUCCGUCUCAAGAUCCGACGGCCAUGGGGGCAAUCUCGAAGGAGGUGAAGGAAUGA